AUGACACAACCAUCCCCACCGCCUGCAAGCCAUCAUAGCGGCCAUAACGACAACCACGACCCAAUCCAACUCGAUCGGACUGUCCCGACCCACUUACGUCCUGCACAGAUACACCCUGACAACCUCCACGACCUCUAUGAACUCAUCGCUGCAGCCAAGCACGUAGUUGAUUGCUGUGGCAUGUAUACCCCUCGACUACGAGAAGCAUUAUCUCAUGAACUCAUGACGGCGAAAACUCGGAUCGCAGAAGUUCAAGGAAUAGAGGAAGAACUUAGGCAAGAUAUUAUCAUACUGAGAGAUGAAAACGCGGUGCUAAAGGGGAAAGAUGAGACGUUGUGUGAAGAGAAUGCGGUGCAGGAUGGGGAUCUUGAUGCUGGAGGGGAUAUGAUGCAAGCGUUAGCGGAGCGUUCACAGCAUUUGCAUCAGGGCGUUCAGGAUCUGAAUUGCAUGAUGCAGGUGCUCGUAGAGGAGGUCUCUUCGAAAAAAGAGGAUAUGGAAGAGAAUGAGCAUGAGGCAGCUGGUCAUUAUUUCGAGGGUGGAUGGGAAGACAUGGCGAAGUUUUGGCGAGAUGGAAUGCCUGUAGACCAUGACUCAGAGCCGGAAACCGAAAAUCGGCUUGCAGAUGCGAAUCUCUCAAACAUGGCAUAUUGGUUCGAGCGUAGCAACGCACCUAGCCCCGAGCAGCGACAGUCACGGCACAACGACAGAGAAAUACUACGGCAGAUCGAAACGGAGAGGUCCAUCCUCCAGCUCCAAGACCGCUUAGAGAGAAUGGAGAUGCAGAUCAAGCAUCUCACAAAUCGACUUGAUGCCCAAGAAACAGAGUGGAAGCUGGCUGUCGAGAGCAUACCGGUAUUGCUUGGGGCAAUCUAUGGCGAUCAAGAAGAAGAAGAAGAAGAAGAAGGAGAAGAAGAAGAAGAAGAAGAAGAAGAAGAAGAAGAAAAAGACGCCGACGACGACGACGAUGAGCCGUAUCAUACAUAUAGUGAAGGCUUGGACGAGUUUGAAAGCUCAGAUGAGAACGUGCCGUUAAGAGGUGGUAUGGGUGGCCGAGACGAAGACGAAGAGUUUGUGUACGACUAUGGAGGUUACACAAAUUGGGAUCAGGCGGAUUUACUGGCGCAGGGCGAGGUUGCAAGUAUCAAUGACAAGGACGAGAUUAUCCAGGAGCUGAGACAAAAGGUUGAACGAUUAGAGGAGCAGAUCCAUACGCUCACAGUAGCGGCGCACCGAGAGGAUCUCUUCCAACCAAUCGAUUUCAACAUAACGGCCAAGGACGGCGACAGUAAAGCAGCGAACAUUCCCCAGCAAACUCCUUCUGGUCCGAUCUUAACGUCCAUCUUCUAUCAAACGAAGAAGGGAGACAUAAAUAUCAACUUACGUGGCGGCAGUGACGAAGUAGAAUGUGAAGGCAAUGGCAGUUGCGAUCAUGCUAGCGCUGAAGUUCGUAGCUCCAUGUCAGUAUCACCGCAUCUUCUUUGCCAGCGAGCCACGUCACGAGUUGGAGAUUCGACGAUCAACUACAUUAUCGUAUACCUGCCUCCAGGGUUCAUCGUUCCCGAUUGCACGAAACCCGAGCUAGUCUUUCACAGCGCCGCGACGAUUUACUAUUUCCCUACAGGAGCAACAGAAGAAGUCGUGCAACAGGAAGCAUGGAAGCAGAAAGGUUGUGGUGAUGGGCAAUGGCAGGAUGUCGAGUUCCACAAGAUACAGUCAAAGCAAGUGUUCAAGAAAGCGAUUGCAGAUAUGUGGGAAAAGAUGGGACUUGGUUGGGAUACCCUGACACGGGGAUACUGGGACUUUGGUGAGAAGGAUAACGAUGGAGACAUGUAUAUGGUCAACGACAACAAUCUCUUUCUCAUGAACCGUACACGGGAGGUAGCUGUUCCACAUAUCCGUGGCGGAGCCGGCGACGAACCAAUCCAGACACCAUGGCCUACCGACGAAGACGACUUAUCAAAUGAGUUCAAGCGUAUCUACGAUAGCCUCAUGGACGAAGCCAGGAUCGCUCUCAUGACAGAUUCUCCAGAACAACGCGUACAAGCUUGGAUGACCGUGGCCACAGCGGCCGAAACGCGCAACUCCUCUCUCGGACGCGAACUUGAGACCUUUCGAGAGAUGAACGAUAGCCUCAUUCAAGAUCUACAGUGGCAUAUGGAUGUACAAGUGAACUUGGAGGAGCGGCUCGAGGCUGCAGAAGCAGACAAGAGGGCUAUGGCUGACGAGUACCAGAACCUUAGGACACUUCUUCAUCGUCUAGUGGCGGAUAGUGAUAUCCCUGUCGCUUGUACCUGUGGGGAAGAAACAAUUCCAGCUUACGAGGAUCGCAAUAGGUCACCGGUUCUGGCAACGAUACGAGGUGGUGACGAGGAAGCAUUGCUACAGACAAGACCGACGAGUGGUGCUGAGACCGGACAGAAUGCGGCAGCAACAGCACCAUCUGAUUCUCCUUGUUCGAGCACUGUUACUACAGCCAAGUCUUUCGUCUACUACCCACAAAGAUCUACAAUCGUUUUCCCCGAUACUCCUCCAUGUAUCUACCUAUUUCCCUACAAUUCCACAUUACUAGAGAUCUACGAGAUCCUCAAAAAGGGGUGUGGAAGAGAAGAUUUCCGAGAUGAUCCGCACAUUGCGCGCAUCUUGGAGAUUAUGAAGAUCCGCGAAGAUAUGGGUAUUUAUCUACCUGAAGAUGUGAGCGAUGAGCGAAUCACUAUUGAUAUACCAGAAAUUCUCACAGGGUGCCAACUGGAUUGCAAGACGAGAAUAGCUGCGUGGCAGGUGUUGGACGCAGAUGCGGGAAGCCUUGAGAAGCUCAUAGAAAAGCUUGAUUUUGAAUCGAGUACAGAUAAGUCGAACGGUGAUAUCCGGACUAAUAGUACGUCGAGCGAAGGAGAGAAGGACUAUUACCAAGACAUCGGGGACUUGGUGAACUCGUUUGAUGAUCCAGUCGAUACUGACAAUACGAUCGACUGGCUAAGAUCCUGCGCAUGCCAGACCCGUUCCGUGUACGGUCGCGAGUCGUACUAUAAGAUUCCUCAUCCGCAAUCACCAACUAUCUCUAAGCCACCACCUAUGGUAUCGGUCCGUGGCGGUGGUAGUGACCCAGAGUAUCGGUCUCAUACUCCAUAUAACCACCAAAAAUCUCCGCUCUAUUACCCACAACUGACUCCUCCGUCAAGCGCACCUCCGAACACCCCAGCGUCUUACAGCACUAUUGAGCCACCGCCUUGUCGCGUACUCAAAGCUGAAGAGAUUGCCAUUGGAAAAGGACCAUUGAGCCUACGACUUGGCCGUUUCAUGUUCCCUCCCAAAUUCAUGCAACAGCGUGAAGAUGAUAUCCGUCGCUUUGACUGGCAAUAUAUCAGGAGACUGAGCCCUCAGUUUAAGGACAAAAGCUCCAGAGGUUUCAGGUACACUAAAAGUGCACACUGUGAGGAGUGGGCUACACAAUUAGAUAAACAUCGAGAACAUUGCGACUAUUGCCAAGGAGUCUUUCUUGAAGAAGAAUAUGCCUCUGGUGACCAGAGCCUAAGGCAUGCAGAGGAGGCUCCGAAGCCGACGAGCGGAGCUCGUAGACCAUGGAAGAAGAGAAAUUUGCCGCAGAAGAGCGUUGUCGCAUCUGUGACCGCUAUUGUAGAGGAUGUCGAUCCGCGGUUGAGGGGUGGUGCCGGUAGCGAGGCAGAUCUUGAGUACGACAGCGAGGACUGGCGAUGUGAGUGGGAUGAUUUGGCCAGCCAAACGCAAAGCGCAGGCUACCGGCCUCGUGCUUUCCGCAACUCUAGUACCUUUUCCACGGAGAUAGUAACAUCUCCUCCCUCACCUGUUGAUCGCGCCGUCACGUUACGUCGCUGGCCUCAGCAACCAGACCUGUGCACUGCCAUGGAGUUUAUAAGAGACGGACCCACUAUAUCGAAGCUUGAAAGAAUGCAUAUGAAUACGUCAGAAGCACGUGCAGGUAAGUUACUCCUUUCACCGCGCUACAUUGGCUCUGACAACCUGACUGGAUCAAAGACUAGACACCCAGUGUUACUAGAAACAAGAGCAGCAAAGGGCGGAUUAGUUCGAGAGAGACCGUUCACGAGAUCCCGAUGCCUUCAACAUGGAACUUCCAAGGGUGUGUUUGUUCCAGAAAGCGACAGCGUGUUAGAUCUUAGAGCUGAGAGUUGGUUGAAGAACCCUCGGCCAGCUCCACCUCCGCCAUUCUAUCGCCGCUCUGCAUCAUCGAGCUAA